UGCAUUUUAAAAAUGCAUGCUCUGUAAUGUCAAUGGCAAAAUUUAAGGUUACACUGAUGCAACAUCAGAAACGCUUUACUUCUGCAAACAGUAGGCUACUGUUGGCUACAUCUGUGUCAUGGUGUAUAGAGCAGACUCAGAGCAGCCUUAACUCAGCAGUAUAGAGACGCCUUUUAAAUGAUGCUCAGAGCACAUCCUCCUCCUCCUCCUCAUCCCCAGUGCUGAUCUCUGGGCAGAAGGAGGUGUGUUCUCAUCACAGCGCUGGAAACCCCCCAUUAGUCACAUAAAAGCGACCCGAACGCCAGUUCCACAUCAUAUUAGAGCUCGAUCCUGAGCCGAACGAGGACUUUAAACUAUGUAGGCACGGUGGACAGGGUUUAAAUGGGCAAUCUGAUGGGCAUCUGGAGAUAUAAGGAGCCAAGCACAGUGGAAGAAUGCGACUCGACGUGGGAAACGGACUCGGAGAGCGACGAGCAUCAGCCGGGAGGAGAGGAGGAGGACAGCGGCAUCUCCGAAUCCAUGAGCCCGGCGGAUGCAGUCAGAGGAGCCGAGCAGCUGGAUCACGGAUCACCGCAGUUUGGUGACAUGAUGGAGUCCUCUACUAGGGUGAAAAGGAACUUUUACGCCGCAAAGGACUUGUACAAAUAUCGACACAGUUAUCCGAACUACAAGGAGCCUCGUCAGCCGAAUGAAUACCUCAAUCUGAGGUUUUAUCUGAAUAAGAUCCCCCUGGUGCCGGAUGGUAUUUAUAUUGAAGAAAUUCUCACUAAAUGGAGGGGCGACUAUGAAAAAUUAGAGCACAAUCACACAUACAUUCAGUGGCUCUUCCCACUCAGAGAACAAGGCCUAAAUUUUUAUGCUCAAGAACUCACUCAGGAUGAGAUAAAGGAAUUCCAAAGCACUCGAGAAGCCAAGAGACGCUUCCUCCUAGCAUAUACGAUCAUGUUGGAUUUCUUUGGAAUCAAGCUCAUGGAUAAAAACGGGAAUGUGGCUCGGGCCCCAAACUGGCAAGAUCGCUUCCAGCACCUGAAUGAGUCGCAGCACAAUUACCUGCGUAUUACUCGCAUUCUGAAGAGCCUUGGUGAACUGGGCUUUGAAAGCUUCAAGCUGCCUCUGGUGCAUCUGUUGCUGGAGGAGGCGCUGGUGGAGGGCACUUUACCCAACAUGCGUCACAGCGCACUGGAAUACUUUGUCUACACACUGCGCCAGCAUGCUCAGAGACGUGCCCUGCUCCGCUUCGCCCAGCGCCAUUACCAACCGCCCGAGAACUUCAUCUGGGGGCCACCCAAGAAGAAGCGCAUUCCAGCCACUGGAUCCACAGGGAUGAAGGCAGGAAAAAAUGAGGUGGUGGAGAGGAGUGUGGCCAAAGCCAGGUCACCUAGGGAGGGCAGAAAUAACUUAGAGAGAGAGGCAGACAACAUGGAUGAGAGGAAGAGUGGGGAGUGGAAAACAGCAAAGGGGCCCAUGGUCCUGCAGGAGGUUAGGGGAAAGGUAGAUCUAGAAGAAUACAUUGAGACCAUUCCUCUGUAAGAAUAUAAAGAGAGGGAUUCUGGGAAUUCUCAAGUAGCUUAAGCGGAGUUUAAAGUUAAGUAAAAGAAUGGCACAGCAAUAUUAUUCCAUACUUUUGCCUUGUAGAGACUUGCUUUGUGAACAACUUGACUGUUGGCCAUUUUGAUUAUUAUUAUUAUUUUAUUGUAUUAUUAAUAUGAGGUGUUUUUCUUAACUCUGAAUACUUUUCAAAGUGUUAGCGGAUGAAUUUCUCUAUUGUAACUCUUACUUGGAGCCCUCUGGAGAGUUCUUCGCACAUGUAUAAGUGUAUGUAUAAGUGCUACCUGAGCACUCUGUUCAUGUGAAAUUUUGCACUUUUUGACUAUUCAGUCUUCCCCUGUGAGAGAAUAUUAUCUUAGUCUACCGGCUUUAAGAUGAGGCUUUAUUUGCUAAUCAUAAGCCUGUCUCUCCGAAAGACGUGUGUUCUUUUGCCUGUUCAGAGCUCGCUGAUGUUUCUUACAAUGGAUACUCGUAGCUCACUGUAACAGAUUAUAAUAAUGUGAAGUAAGUGUGAAUAUGCUUGCAGGAAUUUUCAGGUAAUUGAUCUUCCAUGUUUCUAUGUGUACGUGUUAGACUUUAAUCCACUUUUCUCGAAUAUGUCUUGCAAUAUAAAGUGCCUCUUCUUUCGUUUCUUAAAGCAUACAUGAAGUGCUUUAGGCUAUUAUUUCGAGUCGGAAGUCGCGCAGUAAGCCAUUUGUGGAAAAAACGCAAUUCUAAGCAAAACAAACUUGAAUUUAGAUUUUGUGUUUUAUGUUACUUUUUGAUAAAUCAAAGGUUUAGCUCUUAUUUUUAAAUGAGAAUUGAAACGGUAAAUGCCAUUUUGAGGCUAUUAAAUGUGGCGUGACAGAUCGCUUGUAACCGGCAUUUCAAACGGCACAAUUUACCGUUUAUUACAGUAGGCUAGUUAAAGCACACCAAAAGGUAUAUUGAAAGUGUAUUCAUGUUGAAAGUUUUAUAUAAUCGGCGAAGAAGUUUUUCAAAGGCGAAGACAUUGGUAAAACAGCUUUUGAACACAUUCACCUUUGGAGUCUGCUCAUUAGUUGGAAAAGAAGUAGGCCUAAAUAAUAAUAGUUGAAUAUAUGCACAAUAUUAUAAAUUAACAUUAAUUUUUUUCAGGCUGUUAUUUAUUUAAUAAGAUGCUUAAAAAAAAAAACAUGUUUGACAGCCUAUAUGUUAGACCUAUAUCUCGAGAACUGUUUGAACGGUAAUGGUGAUAACAUCAGAAAUCAGAGACUUUGCUUUUUCAGUCAGUGUAUAUAACUCAAAAUGACUCGGAGUGAUGAAGCAAUUCAAAUAUGUAUGUGUGAGUGUGUAUGCUGCCUUUCUCUUAUCAUACUUAGCCUACAGUGUUUAAGUGUGGACAGUCAGGGCUAUUGAUGGUCAUUAUUCACAAAGAAUACAACUAAAUGAGUGUUUUCAUUAGCAAAUAUUAAUUAAUGAGGUUCACACAUGUUAUGAGUGUUUGUUCCACACUGCUAUUUCAGAGUGUACCCAGAGGGCUAGACAUUACCUCCACGUCACGUGUGUGUGUGUGUGUGUGUGUGUGUGAAUGUUACAAGGUUCUGCCUUUCUAGUUUCUAAUGGCACACAAACAGAGAAAGUUUUCAGGAAAUACUAAAUCCCCUUGUCUUGUAAUAGUGACUAAAGUC